UCGACGAACGCUUGGCAAAUCAGAAGAAUUUAAGUUCCCAGUGGUAGGCUUGACGUUUAUACAAGAAAAUCAUUUACCGUGCGCUACAAAGUUAAAUGUAUUUACUAGGCAACCAUUAAUACUUACACAUCCAUCAAAGACAAUAGGAUUUCGGCCAAUGCAAUUGCCAUUGCUAACUUUAAAUUUUCCCUGGAGUCAAUGAAUCAUCAAACGAUAAAAAGUUCCGUGCGUGUGAAGCCAUCGUGGGGUUACACUAAUGAUGAUAUAUCACUAACGAGAUUAGAAGUACAACCAAGCGGCAGAUUAGUGAUAAUAUUUGAUGAUCAAAAUGAUGACGUGAUACUUCGCGUUAUUGUCACAAAAUCGUAUGCACCUGUGAUAAACGAUUUUUUUGAAUCUGAGACCAUACCCAGAUAUCGGGAACUGAAUUUGACGACAAUGAAAAAGUGGACUAUACAUAGAGAUAUCGAUGAUGGUGACAACAAUGACGAAGAAGAAGAUGCUGAAAAUAAAACGAAUGCACCAGUAUUCUUUUACAUUGGAGUUUUACCUCAUCAAGUCACACUGAGGUCACUCAUGCCCAAUUUAGAUCCAUCGAUUCCUGAUGAUUUUCUUGAGGAAAAAUCAUCAAAAAUAGAACGUUAUCGCAGAAACAUUACAUACGUUUUUCGUGUAUUCACGGUACAUUGUUGGCGCUGGAACGAAACGAUGACCAAAUGGUUACCACACUGUAAAAUCAUGGAUGACUUUACUGACAAUUCAAUGACCUGUCAUUGUAAAGGAUUGAGUACAAUCACAGCGACUUACAGACAAGUCGUUAAUACGACUUAUUCGCAUAGUGAAAUUUCUAUGUUCGUACAAUUCGUCGAGAACGAAAUCAUCACAUGGUUCAUAGCUUAUUUGCUAUUCUGCUUUUUGGUAUUGUACCUUUGGGCUAGUAAAUGGGAUCAUUGGGAUAAGAGUCAGAGAAAAGUUAUCAUGCUACCGGAUAAUGAUGAGUCUCAUUCAUACUCAUAUAUAUUAAAAUUAUAUACUGGAAAGAAUGAGGAUGCCGCUACGAGUUCGAAAGUUGCAGUUAGUCUGGAAGGUUCACUUGGUAAUAGCAAUGUCCAUGUGCUGGAAUCAUUAUCGAGACCAGUGACGACGUGUGGUGGCAUGGAUUAUUUUGUCAUAAAAACAGACUCGUCAUUAGGAGACGUUUAUCGUUUGAAUGUAUGGCAUAAUCAUAGGGGUCCCAGACCUAUAUGGUACGUUGAUAAAAUCAUUAUCCAUGAUGCACAAACCCACGUCGUUAGUUUCUUUUUGAUAAAAUCAUGGUUGUCUCCGCUUCAUGGCGACGGGUCUAUAGGAUUUACCUGUUAUAGACUGAUGAAUUUUGAAAAUUUUCCUUGGCGUAUGCGUUACUCAAAUGCCAUGAAUGGAAUUACGUGUGCUGGUCAUCAUAUGCUGUUCGGAGUUUUUACGAGAAAUGGCAACAAUGAAAUGGAUUCUGUGAGCGAAUUAAAAUUGGAGAGCGUUGAAAUUGUCAUCAGUAUUCUAGCCUCAUUAAUUUCAUUUCCGAUAGGCUGUGCCAUACUUUGGAUUUUUCGAAAUAUAGCACCCGUACAAUCCUACGCCAGUGAUUAUACGUCUAGGUACGUACAAGAAAUAGUAAUACCAAAGCCAAUGAAAUUAGAUGAUCUGGAGAGGAAUGAUCUGAUUGGUCAGUUCAGUAGCAAUCAGCAAUUAGUCGUGAAUAGAAUGUAUAUGAAUAUCGAUAAUCCUGUAAUUCAAAAUCACGUUCUACCCUUGAGUCAUUUGAAUGAUACCGAAUCUAAAGAACUAUACGAAAAGGUACGUAAUUAA